ACAAGCCCUAGCUUAGGACACUAGUGCAGAGCACCAUGGUUCCGAGGGGCGCCUUCCUGUUGCUGGCGGUGUCGGCGAUUUGGCUGAGUGGGUGUGUUCGCCCAGCGGCUUCGGAUCAUCCGGCCAUUGCAUGCAGUGAAGGAAAAGGAAUCUGCGUUCAAAAGAAGCUCUGUAGCCUGCCGGUAGCCAACGCUGCUUGUGACAAAGAUGGACGCAUAUGCUGCAGAAAAGGUUUUCUUAAGCUUAAACGUACAUCAGCGCAAAAAGGCAAAGGCAGUAACAACCAGGACUCUAAGAAGUUUGGAGGGAAGAGAUGUACGGAGCAAUAUGGGACAUGUAGCCACGAUUGUCCAGGUGCUGUUGACAACGACAGAAAUUGCCCCGACAACAUGAUGUGCUGUAAGAAGUCACUCAAGUUAAGGACUCAAAAACAAAUUACGGCUAGAGGAAGAGAUAACGAUUGUACAGCAGCAGGAGGAACUUGCAAUGACGCUACCAAUAAAUGUCAAGAGAAACUUCCCAUCGAAUGUCCGGAUGCGACUAAAAACUGCUGCAAGAGAACUAAAGACACCUGCAAAUCAAAGGGCUUUAGUUGUGUAAAAUCCUGUACAGGGAAUAUCAAGAAACUGAAAGGUUGUAAGGACGGAAAAGUCUGCUGUGACGGGGCAAAGAAAAACUGCAAAAGCUUGGGCGGAAAUUGUAAAGUUGAAAGUAAAUGCAGAAACGAGAUCCUAAAUCCCACCAAGAAAUGUAGGAAUAAUAAGGUAUGCUGCAAGAAGGGUGAAACGUGUAAAAAAAUGAAUGGGGUUUGUCGAAAGGAAUCUAAAUGCAGCAAAAAUACGCUUACCCCCUCUAUACCAUGCAAAGAUGGUAAAGUUUGUUGCGAAAGAGGAAAAACCUGUAGAAAGCUGGGUGGUAACUGUCGAGAGGAAUCUAAAUGCAGCAAAAAUACGCUUACCCCCUCUAUACCAUGCAAAGAUGGUAAAGUUUGUUGCGAAAGAGGAAAAACCUGUAGAAAGCUGGGAGGUAACUGUCGAGAGGAAUCUAAAUGCAGCAAAAAUACGCUUACCCCAUCUAUACCAUGCAAAGAUGGUAAAGUUUGUUGCGAAAGAGGAAAAACCUGUAGAAAGCUGGGAGGUAACUGUCGAGAGGAAUCUAAAUGCAGCAAAAAUACGCUUACCCCCUCUAUACCAUGCAAAGAUGGUAAAGUUUGUUGCGAAAGAGGAAAAACCUGUAGAAAGCUGGGAGGUAACUGUCGAGAGGAAUCUAAAUGCAGCAAAAAUACGCUUACCCCCUCUAUACCAUGCAAAGAUGGUAAAGUUUGUUGCGAAAGAGGAAAAACCUGUAGAAAGUUGGGUGGAAACUGUCGAGAGGAAUCUAAAUGCAGCAAAAAUACGCUUACCCCCUCUAUACCAUGCAAAGAUGGUAAAGUUUGUUGCGAAAGAGGAAAAACCUGUAGAAAGCUGGGAGGUAACUGUCGAGAGGAAUCUAAAUGCAGCAAAAAUACGCUUACCCCCUCUAUACCAUGCAAAGAUGGUAAGGUCUGUUGCGAACGAGGAGAAACCUGUAGAAAGCUGGGUGGAAACUGUCGAAAGAAAUCUAAAUGCAGCAAAAAUACGCUUACCCCUUCUGUACCAUGCAAAGAUGGUAAGGUCUGUUGCGAACGAGGAGAAACCUGUAGAAAGCUGGGUGGAAACUGUCGAAAGGAAUCUAAAUGCAAGAAAAACACACUUACUCCUUCUAUACCAUGCAAAGAUGGCAAGGUCUGUUGCGAAAGAGGAGAAACCUGUAGAAAGCUAGGUGGAAACUGUCGAAAGGAGUCUAAAUGCAAUCAAAACACACUUACUCCUUCUAUACCAUGCAAGGAUGGUAAAGUCUGUUGCGAAAAGGGAACAUCUUGUAAAUCAUUGAGUGGACAAUGUAAAAAGGAAGCUAAAUGUAAAAGCAAAGUGUUAAACCCCAGCAAGAAGUGCAAAACUGGUAAGAUAUGCUGCUUAAUCCGCACCUGUAGCGACAGAGGAGGGGAGUGUAAGAAAGAAGGAGAAUGCAACGGUAGAAUCGUCACGGUGAAGAAACCAUGCAAAGAACCCAAAGUCUGUUGUCUAGAGACAACGGGCCCAGACACCACUCCUGGACCAGGACCACAAACAUCUGCUGGGCCGGGACCACAAACAACUGCUGGACCGGGACCACAAACAACUGCCGGCCCAGGACCACAAACAUCUGCUGGACCGGGACCACAAACAACUGCUGGACCGGGACCACAAACAACUGCUGGACCGGGACCACAAACAACUGCUGGUCCGGGACCACAAACAACAGCUGGUCCGGGACCACAAACAACUGCCGGCCCAGGACCACAAACAACUACUGGACCGGGACCACAAACAACUGCCAGUCCGGGACCACAAACCACUCCUGGACCACAAACUGCUGGUCCAGGACCACAAACCACCCCUGGACCACAAACAACUGCUGGACCGGGACCACAAACAACUGCUGGCCCAGGACCACAAACAACUGCUGGACCGGGACCACAAACAACUGCUGGUCCGGGACCACAAACAACAGCUGGUCCGGGACCACAAACAACAGCUGGUCCGGGACCACAAACAACAGCUGGUCCGGGACCACAAACAACAGCUGGUCCGGUACCACAAACAACAGCUGGUCCGGGACCACAAACAACAGCUGGUCCGGGACCACAAACAACAGCUGGUCCGGGACCACAAACAACAGCUGGUCCGGGACCACAAACAACUGCCGGUCCGGGACCACAAACCACCCCUGGACCAGGACCACAAACAACUACUGAACCGGGACCACAGACAACUGCUGGACCGGGACCACAAACAACUGCUGGUCCGGGACCACAAACAACUACUGGACCGGGACCACAAACCACUACUGGACCGGGACCACAAACAACAGCUGGACCGGGAUCACAAACAACAGCUGGACCGGGACCACAAACCACCACUGGACCGGGACCACAAACCACCACUGGACCGGGACCACAAACAACAGCUGGACCGGGACCACAAACAACUGCUGGACCGGGACCACAAACAACUACUGGACCGGGACCACAAACAACUGGUGGUCCAGUACCACAAACAACUACUGAACCGGGACCACAAACAACUACUGAACCAGGAACACAAACAACUGGUGGUCCAGUACCACAAACAACUACUGAACCGGGACCCCAAACAACAGCUGGACCGGGACCACAAACUACUACUGAACCGGGACCACAAACAACUACUGGACCGGGACCACAAACAACUGGUGCAGGACCACAAACAACUGGUGCAGGACCACAAACAACUACUGAACCGGGACCACAAACAACUGGUGCAGGACCACAAACAACUACUGAACCGGGACCACAAACAACUGCUGGUCCAAGACCACAAACAACUACUGAACCAGGAACACAAACACCUAUUGGACCAGGACCCCAAACCACCACUGGACCGGGACCACAAACAACUACUGAACCGGGACCACAAACCACCCCUGGACCGGGAACACAAACAACUACUUCAACUAAAACCACUCUCUCCAUUGCUCCCAUCACUGUAACUGGUCCCACUACAUCUACAGACACAGCCACCACUACAACAGAUACAGCCACUGCAAUUACAGCAGAUACAACCACUGCUACUACAUCAACUGAUACAACCACUGUCAUUAUAAGCACAACCACUGCUACUACAGCAGAUACAACCACUGUUAUCACAACAGGUACAGCCUCUACCACUAUAACAGACACAACUACUGCUACUACAACGGAUACAACCACUGCAACUACAACGGAUACAACCACUGCUACUACAACAGGUUUAACCACUGCAACUACAACGGAUACAACUGCUGCCACUACAACGGAUACAACCACUGCAACUACAACGGAUACAACUACUGCAACUACAAUAGAUACAACCACUGCCACUACAACGGAUGCAACCACUGCUACUACAACAGAUACAACCACUCUGAAUAUACUAAAACCGAUUCUGCAACACAUGAAUCAACUAAGGCUUAUUAAGCUUUAUUCCACCAUAACUGAAUAUAACACCGCUGAUUCUUCUACUAAUAAUUGUACUGCAGUUGACUCUAGAACAGCUGAUUCUAUCAAUUUAGACGAUAAAAGCAUACAGAUUCAAUGGAAUGACUGUCAGCACACAACCAGUGAUACUCUCACGUGGAAAUUGAAAGCUGCAUCUUUGUGCACGCCAAAUAUGCUACUGAACAUGGUACCCAAUCCAUCAUGA